GCACGCGCAGACUGGUGCGAAGGUGGAGGAUCCAGGCGGUUUAGCUCCUGCUGUCCAGUCCCGGCCCGCGCCGCUCAGCAUCCGUCUUCUGAGCUCCUGGGACUUGCCUUGAGCGUUCCGAUUGCUUGAAGCGGAGAGAUUCUGAGCACUCGAGGAGCUGCAGAAGGACCUAUGGAUCAUGGCAGGACGGGUGAAGUGGGUCACCGACAUCGAGAAGUCGGUGCUAAUCAACAACUUUGAGAAGAGAGGAUGGGUCCAAGUGACAGAGAAUGAAGAUUGGAAUUUUUACUGGAUGAGUGUGCAAACCAUUCGCAAUGUGUUCAGCGUGGAAACUGGGUACCGGCUCUCAGAUGACCAGAUCGUCAACCAUUUCCCCAACCACUAUGAACUGACCCGCAAGGACCUGAUGGUGAAGAACAUUAAAAGAUACAGGAAGGAACUGGAGAAGGAAGGAAGUCCUCUGGCAGAAAAAGACGAGAAUGGGAAAUACCUCUACCUGGACUUUGUCCCGGUCACCUACAUGCUCCCUGCGGACUACAACCUGUUUGUGGAGGAAUUCCGGAAGAGCCCAUCCAGUACCUGGAUCAUGAAGCCUUGCGGCAAAGCCCAGGGAAAGGGCAUCUUCCUUAUCAACAAGCUCUCACAGAUCAAAAAGUGGUCCCGGGACAGCAAGACGUCCUCGUUCGUGUCUCAGUCCACAAAAGAAGCCUACGUGAUCUCCCUCUAUAUCAAUAAUCCAUUACUCAUCGGUGGGAGGAAGUUUGACCUGCGUCUGUAUGUCCUGGUAUCCACAUACCGCCCACUGCGCUGCUACAUGUACAAGCUUGGCUUCUGCCGAUUCUGCACAGUGAAGUACACCCCUAGCACCAGCGAGCUGGACAACAUGUUCGUCCACCUUACCAAUGUAGCCAUCCAGAAGCACGGGGAUGACUACAAUCACAUCCACGGUGGCAAGUGGACUGUCAACAACCUGCGACUCUACCUGGAGAGCACCCGAGGGAGAGAGGUGACCAGCAAGCUGUUUGACGAAAUCCACUGGAUCAUCGUGCAGUCUCUCAAGGCCGUGGCACCGGUGAUGAACAAUGACAAGCACUGCUUUGAAUGCUACGGCUACGACAUCAUCAUCGACGACAAGCUGAAGCCCUGGCUGAUUGAGGUUAACGCAUCCCCAUCUCUCACCUCCAGCACCGCCAACGAUCGAAUCCUCAAGUACAACCUGAUUAAUGACACCCUCAACAUUGCGGUCCCCAACGGUGAGAUUCCUGACUGCAAAUGGAACAAGUCUCCCCCCAAGGAAGUCCUGGGCAACUAUGAGAUCCUGUACGAUGAGGAGCUGGCCCAGGGUGAUGGAGCCGACAGAGAACUCAGAAGCCGCUCAGGGCAGCCAGUGGGGCCCAGAGCAGGCCGUUCGAGAGACUCGGGGAGAAGUGUCCUCACAACCUGGAAGUGACCAGCCGUGGGAAGAAAGACCCCCAGCCUUCCUGCAGUUGCACCACCUGGACCCUGCUCAACACAUCGGAAUUUCCUUUUUUCUAGCGUGCUUUCCUGCACCCUUGUAAUAAAGAGCCUGCAAGGUGGAGGAGUCCAUGUCUUCAGGGUUCACACGCGCUCACGAAAACGACAGCGUCACUGUGUGGCGGAACAUCCUCUUUUUAAAGAUUUAUUUUAUUAUUUUUAUUUUUUGAGAUAGAUAGCCCUGGCUGACCUGGAACUCACUGCGUAGACCAGGCUGGCUUGGGACUCUCAGAGAGCCACCUGCCUCUGACCCCACGUGCUGCGAUUAAAGAUGUAUGUCACCA